AGAGACUGGCACUUAUAUAAACUUUUUCCUAUAAAUAUUGGUUUUUCCGCGAGAAGAUAAGGUCCAUGAUCUUCUAACCAAAUUCUUGCCUUCACAUACAACACUGUACAAGUGGAUAAGUCCCCUCAAAACAGAUCAACGAAGCAAAAACAGAGGGAAGAAAAACAUGGAAUCAUGCUCAAUCUCCAACGCCCCAAAUCCAAUCCUCCCCAGAAAAUUUUCCCGGCGAGUUUUCCCUGCCAACCCACCCAAACUCCGGCCAAAACCCCAUCAAAUUCCGGCCACAACUCAGGCUCUGAAAGGUCCUAAAGGCUUCGGCCCUUCGUCUCUCAAAAAACCCAAAAAGAAACAACAAAGAGGAGGAGAAGAGGAAGGUUACGACAGCGAAGAAGAAGAAGAAACCAGAGACGAUACCAUACCGGAAAUAGUAACAAAUCGAAUGAUGGGUAGAAUGGGUUUCUCAGUUGGGAUUCCUCUAUUUUUUGGGCUCUUCUUCUUCCCAGUCUUCUACUAUCUGAAGGUAAUUUUGAAAGUGGAUAUACCAAAUUGGUUGCCAUUUAUAGUGUCUUUCUUCUUCUUUGGUUCUGCUUUAUUGGGGGUGAGUUAUGGCAUAGUUUCGUCCAGUUGGGACCCUUUGAGAGAGGGUUCUUUUUUGGGGUGGAAAGAAGCUCAGAAGAAUUGGCCUGUAUUUUGGGACUCUUUAAGGGGCAACAAAGGGAGGAAAUAAUUUUUCCUUGGAAUUUUGGGAGUAUUUAAUGUUGGGGUGGUGUUUUCUUCUGCAAAAGUUGCUUAGGUGUGUUGGUGUUAAACAAUAUUUAUAGGGGGCAAUCUUCCUUUUCUUUU